GUGUCACAGCCACACGGCUCGGCCCAGUCCAGCUGAGCACUCUCUGCAGCCAUUACUGGGAGAUAAUGGCUGAGCAGUGAGGCUCGAGGAGGAGAAGAUGGCUGUGCAUGUUUUUAAAUGCCUGCGCCGACCCGGGCGCUAGGACCUCCAACAGGUGUGUGUGUGCGUGUGCCAGGACCACCCAGGGUGUGUGUUCUUGACAGGAGCGUUAUGGAAUAUGAGGAGCCCGAACUGCUCACAGCUGACACCCCAAGGAAAAAAGGAGGCGUCGUGUCCAAGAAGACCCAUUUAACUCAGAUUGAAGUUAUCCCAUGCAAGAUUUGUGGUGAUAAGUCUUCAGGAGUGCAUUAUGGAGUCAUCACGUGUGAAGGUUGCAAGGGAUUUUUCCGGCGCAGCCAGCUGCCCACCGUAUCGUAUUCCUGCUCCAGACAAAGUAACUGUCAGAUCGACCGCGCCAGCCGCAACCGCUGCCAGCACUGCCGCCUGCAGAAGUGCUUGGCGCAGGGCAUGAGCAAAGACGCGGUGAAGUUUGGGCGGAUGUCCAAACGUCAGCGGGACUCUCUCAUCGCGGAGGUGGAGAGGCACCGCCAGCAGCAGCAGCAACAGCAGCAGCUUCAGGGAGACGCCCAGGUGGCGCUGUCCUAUGCUGCCAAAACCCGUCAGGACCGGUCCCCCCAGCUGCUUCAGCCCAUGGCUGUAGCCUACACCUACGGCGGAGAGGCUGAGCUGAUGUCCUACGCCGCUGACGUUCACCCUUACCUGGUGUGCUCCCCCAACAACUCUCAGGUGUCUGGAAUGAUCUACCGAGGCUCCGGUGUCUCACCCUCAUCAAGAUCCCAGGGGAGGGGAGACAACAGCGGACACCCUGAUAUAAGAGGUUUUGACUCCAGACAGCAGUCUCACGACCCCGUGACGAUUCACCCCUACGCCCACCUCGAUGACCCGUACAGCCUCUAUCCUCACACACCACGAAACAUCGAGGAGCUGUGCGCCAGCAUCGUGCGCUCCCACAGAGAGACCAGCCAGUUCAGACUGGAGGAGCUGCAGGCUCUCAGGUGGAAGCUGUUCAGCAGAGAGGAGAUCCAAGCCUACCAAAGCAAAACGGUGGAUGAGAUGUGGCAGCACUGCGCCAUCAGACUCACUGAUGCCGUGCAGUAUGUGGUGGAGUUUGCAAAGCACAUACCAGGUUUCCGUAUGCUCACCCAGAAUGACCAGAUUGCCCUCUUAAAGACUGGCUCAAUGGAGGUGGUUCUGGUCCGAAUGUGUCGCUUCUUCAACACGGACAACAACACCGUAUUCUUUGACGGGAAGUUUGCUGGAACUGAACUCUUCAAGUCUUUGGCAUGCGGGGAUUUAAUGGCGGCAGUGUUCGACUUCGCUCAUGGCAUGUGCGCUCUGAAGCUCACCGAGCAGCAGGUCGCUCUCUUCAGCGCUCUGGUUCUGAUCAACGCAGACCGUCCUUGUCUGGAGGACAGAGGGAGAGUUCAGCGAGUGCAAAGGAGCGUGGAGUUGGGACUCACUCACAUUCUUCGCCGAGACAGCCAGGACAGUCUGAUGCAUAAGCUGUACCAGAGGAUGGCAGUGCUGCGUUCACUGUGCACUCUGCACAUGGAGAAGCUGCGCUGGUUCAGUCAGCGGUACCCGCUCACCGCUCACUCCCUGUUCCCUCCGCUCUACAAGGAGCUGUUUGCAUCUGAGGCAGAGCUGCUGCCCGGGACCACUCCCUCCUGAGCCCACACCACAUAAGCACACACACACAUAUAUAUAUACUGUUUAUAUAUAUGUUGGACA